AUGAAUUGUAAUCACUCGCUAAUGACUAAAGUCAUGGAACAACAGAAAAGAGCUUCUCAUGUGCUUGUAUACAGAGAGUUAAAGCCACACCUGUUCAUGGUCUUAGUCCAGGUGGGCUAUACCUUCUUAUAUUUCAUCACUGAAGCCUCCUUCAACCAUGGGAUGAGUCCUUAUGUGUAUGUAACCUAUCGGCAUAUUGUGGCUUCGGUUGUGACGCUCCCUUUUGCAUACUUUCUGGAGAGAGAUGUUAGACCAAAGCUGACGUUUGCUCUUCUUAUGGAAAUUUGUGUGCUUUCUCUGCUAGGGGUUAGUGUGACCCUUAAUAUGUACUUCGCAAGCCUGAACUACACAAAUCCGACCUUCGUUGCUUCCAUGGUCAACACCAUAGCUUCCCUUACCUUCAUUAUUGCAGUGGCAAUCAGAUUCGAGGUUGUUGAUGUUCGAAAUCCUCGUGGUAUUGCAAAAGUAAUUGGGACUAUGAUCUCCUUAGCUGGUGUUUUGAUUAUGACACUGUACAAAGGACCCGUCAUGAGAAAUUUAUGGCAUCCUCUAAUCCAUAUUCCACGGAAAAGUGCUGCUAUCACCGAAGACUGGUCAAAGGGUUCAAUUCUUACAGUUUCAAGUUGUGUCACAUGGUCUUUAUGGUACAUUAUGCAGGCAUCCACUUUGAAAAGAUACCCUGCUCAACUCUCACUCACCUCGUGGAUGUGCUUUGUUGGAGCAGCACAAUCAGCUGUUUUUACAGUUAUAGUAGAACGCGACUCUUCAGCAUGGACUAUGGGGCUAAACAUUGACUUUUGGUCCACAAUAUAUGGUGGAGUUGUCGUUGCUGGUUUGAUAAUCUACAUUCAACUAUGGUGCACUGACAAAAAAGGGCCAGUUUUUGUCACAAUGUUUAGCCCUCUUUCUACUAUAUUGGUGGCAAUUCUAGCCUACUUUGUCCUUGGAGAGAAACUUUAUCUGGGCAGCGUGUCGAUUAUAGCCGCUUUCACGUAUCUUUCACUUUGCUCCAAAGAGGAAUGGCAACCGAGCAGAAAAGCAAGACCAAAGCUAACAUUUGCUCUUUUUAUAGAAAUUUGUGUGAUUGCUCUGUUAGGGAUUAGUUUAACCAUUAAUCUGCACUUUGCAAGCCUGAAAUACACAAAUCCGACCUUUGUUGUUGCAAUGCUCAAACACCAUACCUACCCUUACCUUCAUUCUUGCAGUGGUACUCAGUCAGUUGAGUUAAACGCAGGAACAAGUGCUGCUAUCAAUGAAAGUUGGUUAAAAGGUUCAGUUCUUACAGUUUCAAGCUGUCACAUGGUCUAUGUGGUACAUCAUGCAGGUGUUCACCUUAACUCGGCAUCCACUUUGAAAAGAUACCCUGCCCAAUUGUCACUCGCCACGUGGAUGGGCUUUGUUGGAGCAACACAAUCCGCUGUUUUCACAGUAAUAGGAGAACACGACCGUUCAGCAUGGAGUAUUGGGCUCAACAUUGAUCAUACGGUGUAA